GACCCAGCUACUCCAUUUCCACUACGCAUCUUGACCCAGAGCUCUCCAUAUCACUGAAAAGCUGUUUCUCCAUGUCAAUAUGCCCUCUACCAUUGCAUCAUUUCUCGAAAGCCGCCCUGCCGCCCUCAAUGGGAUACCCACAAUCAGACACUUUCACGGAUGCUACAAGUGUUCAAGACACUCGCGGGAUAUACAUAGAGAACGUGGCGCGUACGGUGCAGUGCUAGAGGGCCCUUGUCCUUGCGAUCAGUGUAUUGGCGAUGGUGAGAGGCUGCGACGAUGCGGGUCCUGCAUGUUUGUUUACUACUGUAGUAAGGAAUGCCAGAGGGCCGACUGGCGGUCGCACAAGGAGUCUUGCAAAUUUGCUAAUGAUGAGGAUCGCGUAUUGAUGGAACGUUUUGGAGCGGAUAUGGUAGAGCGGAACAAAUCGUUCAAGAAAUGGUGUGACAGAAACAGGAUCCCACUCAACUACGCUGCCAUGCUUGCUUUGAAAAGUCGCACACCAACGACGCAAAUAGACACCCAUAUGUUUGUCGUCACCGUCGAUACUUCUACCGAGGGCGAAGAUGCCACUGUCGGGGAUUCUUCCUCACUCGGUACAGUGUCUAGUUCUCAUCCCAUCGAGUCGAAGUUCAGCAGGAAAGUUCGCGACGCGGUAUCUAUGCCCCUGGACGAAGCACUCGAUAAAUUCCUUCCAUGGUAUGAAGAAGAUGUCCGGGACUUCAUGAAGAAAGACGCAACGGUCAAUGUUGCAGACACGGAACCUGGCGCCAAGUGUAUACGUAUUCUCAUUGCUGACGAUAGUCUUCCCCCGCCCAUGUCGACUCUUUACCGUCCAGCGGUGAUCAAACCAGAAGAUACGGCUGACGCUCCCCCUAUGGCGAACGACGAAACGGUAUGGCGGCCGUUUCUGGAGUACAUGAUUGGAGUGAAUGACCGCGGAAGCGCGGAAUGACUUUGAAGGCAUCUUCGAUCGUCUCUUUGUACCAUCGAUUAUGUUUCACUGAAGCAAAGUGUAAAACAGGUUGUAUUAGUUUCUAGGUCCAGUGUACUAUUUACUGCUAUCGC